GCGGCACUGCUCCCUGGUAAACAGAGCGGCGCGGCGGUGGUGGGGCCUGGGUCUCACAAAGGGGUAGUGGGCCGGGCCGAUGCGCGGUGGCAGAGCGGCUCAGACCCGGUGGUGGCGGCGCUGAGGCGGGCGCCCAUGGCGGAGGCGGGCGGCGCCGCGGCGGCGCCGGACAUCGACCCCGACUUCGAGCCGCAGAGCCGGCCGCGCUCCUGCACCUGGCCGCUGCCGCGGCCUGAGCUGCCGGCGGCGCCGGCGGAGGCGGGCGGCGCGGCGGGCGCGGCGGAGGAGGGCGCAGGUGGCGCGGCGGCGGGGCCCGGGCGGGCCGAGGGGGCGCGGGCGGGCGGCGCGGCGGCGCGGAAGGGCGGCUCCCGGCGCAACGCCUGGGGCAACCAGUCCUACGCCGAGCUUAUCAGCCAGGCCAUCGAGAGCGCCCCCGAGAAGCGGCUCACACUGGCGCAGAUCUACGAGUGGAUGGUCCGCUCCGUCCCCUACUUCAAGGACAAGGGCGACAGCAACAGCUCCGCCGGUUGGAAGAACUCUAUUAGACAUAACCUGUCCCUGCACAGCAAGUUUAUUAAAGUCCAUAAUGAAGCCACAGGGAAGAGCUCUUGGUGGAUGCUCAAUCCUGAGGGUGGUAAAAGUGGAAAAGCACCAAGAAGAAGAGCUGCCUCCAUGGACAACAGCAGCAAACUUGCAAAAGUCAGAGGUAAAGCAUCCAAAAAGAAGCCUCCUCUCCAGUCUGCUCCAGAAUCCACUGCUGACAGUCCUGGCUCCCAAUUCCCUAAGUGGCCUGGGAGCCCGUCCUCAAGAAGCAAUGAGGACUCUGACAUGUGGAACACCUUCCGGCCUCGAACCAGUUCCAAUGCAAGCACCAUUAGUGCCAGACUUUCUCCUAUCCUGACAGAGCAGGAUGACCUCCACGAUGAAGAGUUGCUUCCUUCUUUAGUGUACUCCAGUGCAUCUAGCAAUGUUCCACCAACUGUGACUGAGGAGCUUGAGCUCAUCGAUGGCUUAAAUUUGAUGUCUCCCAGCUCAUCUGUGUUAUCUACCCAGCAAUCUGCCUCGAGUGGUCAGAUCCAGAGAGAUUCCAGUUUUUCUUUGCGGAGCCCAAAUUCAGCUGGUCAGACCACUACUUUUGGCAAUUCCCUGUUUAACCCGGUUGAUAUCUCACUGCAAAGUUCUGUCAGCCAUUUCUCUGCCCCUCAGACCUUGGAAGCUCUUCUGACACCCAGCUCUCCGCCUCCAAGGGAUGUUAUGAUGACUCAGGUGGAUCCAGUUCUCCCGCAGACAGGUAACAGGAUGAGCAGCCGAACUCUUCUGCUUCUAGGUGGACAAGCCGCCCAGAGUAAAAUGAGCUCAGGCAAUCCACGAGGAAAGCCUACAGAGCAGCAGGCAGAACCAGUCAGUGCCAGCAUUUUGCCAUCAACACUUCCCAUAGUAACAUCUCCUCAAAACACUGCCAGCAUCACCAGUUUGAAGGCUCCAGUUUCUGCAACAACUGCCCAGUCAGUCCAGCUGGGCAGUCCGCUGCUUCUUUCUUCUGCUAGCCCUGCUCCCUUGGGAUUGAACCAGGACAGGCUGCCUAUUGACCUGGACAUUGACAUGUACAUGGAGAACCUUGAAUGUGAUAUGGAUUACAUAAUCAACAGUGAACUUAUGGAUGGAGAAGGACUGGACUUUAAUUUUGAACCCAUUCUGUCUACUCCCAGCUAUCCCAGCACCUCGCAGGCCUCCAACCAUACCUGGGUACCAAGUUAACUUCAGGAGCACAAAAAGUGUCCUUCAGGUUUUGAACAUUGGGUUCUGACUUCACUUCCCACCCCUGGCAGAGAAAAGAAUGGAGCACGUUGGAUUUGGUUUCCCUGCACACCACACCUUGGGCAGAAGGGGCUGCCCACCUGGGAAGAAGGGGCAACCUGCGUCUGGCUGCAACAGGAAGAGUUUAAAAAUAAUAAUCCUGUUAUGUGCCACGGCUCUUCCUACAAACCUGACCCUGCCUUGGACCAUCUGGAGAAACCCUGGGCUCUACAUGUCCAAAGAGGAGUCCUGGUAAAAACCUCGGCCAGAAGACUCUGUGCCAGGCAAUAGCAUUUUCCCAUGUGAAGAGUUCGGUUUGCUGGAGGAAUCUCUCAAUGGCUAUCCUCUCUCUGCUAUGGCAGAAAGUCUCCCAGUGCCUCGGACUGGCAGAGGGCAGGCUCUGCUCUCACUUGGCUUGCCCUCUGGGACAAAGUAGUUGGACGUUUUCAUUAAGCCACCAGAUGUGCACUUGGUAUCCCACAGACUUGCAGAGGAAUUGGAAGGAGCUUGUUGGUGGAAGCCCUGUGGGAAAAGGGUGCGGUAUUUCAGGGGUUGGUUUCAGUGGUUUCAGCGUGCCCGUCUCUGGAGCGCCCAUUCAUCGUUCUGCAGGGAAGGGUGGUGGCUGUGGUGCAGAAGGCUUCCUCUUGUCCACCUGAGUGGAACAGGAGGACAUUGAGUUUUUCACUGUGCCAACUGAGCCCCAUUGAAUCAGAAGCAUGUUUCAAGAAGUCCCUAUGCUUUUCUCAGCACUUUCCUGACACGCCAUGCUGCUGUAAAAUAGGCACAGGUGCUAAUAGCUGUUUCUGGGACAUAAAAACAUCAUUUUGGGUUUGUUUCUGAUCUGUCUUGCUACAGCAGAGAAAUGGAAAGCCUGGGUGUGGCCUUAACAGAGCCCUGGUUGCUUUUCAGAAGGGCAUUUUCUAUAGAUAAAAUAUUUUUUUACUAAUCUGGGAACUUUCUACAGUGAAUAUGAAGCCAAUGUUAAGUGUGUCCCCAUUAGAUGUAUUAGGCAUCUCUCCCUCUGAGAAGGUACCAGUGACAGACUUCUUUUUCAGAGCUGUAUUAGGAACAAAUGCAUUUGAUGUUUGAUAAUGUAUAUGAUUGAGGGGAAAGAAUUGGCAGGUCCCCAUGGUUUCAAACCGCCUUGGGGAAGAGUUGUACAUUAUUGUAAUCUAUAUGUAAAAGUAGCUGCAAAUUACAUAGAAGCUUUUCUAAACCUUUUUAAAUAUAUAUUAUAUAUUUUAAUUGAAAAUGAGAUUAUUGGAUAAAAAAAAAAAACCACAUCUGCUGCAUCUGUCCCCUUGAUACCAGAUAACACUACAGUAUGGGAGGGGACAGGCCUAAGGCAUUUUGGGCCAAGAAGCUGAAGAUGUCAUUGGAAAAGUGGGAAGGGCACCACAGUGUAACUGGGGAAUGGCUGCUCUCCCCAGAACAGGCGGAAGGUGCCUGUGUGGCAUGGCAUUCAGCCACAGCUACUCAGUCUCUUUCCCCAACUGGGCACUCCCACCAAGCCAAGAGCACAAUGUUAGGGAAUGCUAAUCAUUAACAGCGCGCUCAUUCUCAGCUAAUCCCUUAAGUAGCUGGACUGCAGCUAAUACAUAGGACAGAUUCUCUAGUCUGCUAAGAAGAUGGUGUGGACUGGAUCAUGCUAGAUCUGCUGACACUCUGGGUUGCCCUUAUGGAAGGCACAAUUGGUUUUUUGGUAGCUCGCUUUCUGGUUUCUGAAGGUUUUUGUUUUCUUGCUGAAGUUUCUGCUACUGCUGGGGAACUUGAAGCCUGUAGGUACACCUUUGCAGAUGUGCCUGGGAUCCUGCCCUGCCUCUUUCUUCUUGCAGGACAGAAGCUAGGAGUCAAGAGGUUAGUUCAGAACAUCAGCUGGCAUGUUUCUGCCACUUUUUUGGUGUUUGCAGUGGCAGGAUUUGUGGGAGACACGGUGCUUUCAUUGUGUUCUGGUAGGCUUGGUCUGGCAGAAAGCCUUUCCAAUCCUUUCUGAAGGUGGCAGUGGCUUCCGUUCGGAAGGUUUAUAUCAUGCAGUGCUAUGAGACGUACUGUUCUACCACCUUGUCUGCUCUGUUUUCAUGGGUUUCAUUUCAUUUUCACUUGAGUGGAGAUUGGAACAGGAGCAGUUUGUCUGGUUACCUGCAACAAGGAGUAUUCAACAGUCUUAUUUUUAGGAUGCUCUGCCAUCAAAGCUUUUGAAUAGUUUGAUAACCUUUGCUUUGAAGGCUGCCUUCAUGGCAGACCUCAUGGUGGUAUGUUUCAAAUUUACCCACAGUCUGCAUGUCUGGCCACGCCUCAUUGUAACAAACAAACAAAAAGGCAGACCCUAAACUGGGAUCCCAUGUCUUGCAGACUUGAGUCAUGGAUGCCCAUUCUCACUGCAGGUAGUUCAUUACACAAAUAGAUGGAUACCGUUUCCACAAACACCUGAUGGCAUGUGUUGCCCAUAUGAAUUGGACAUUGUGGGCCGCAGCUAAUAGGUCUGGUGGGAUUCGUGUUACUUGGCACAUAAUAUACCACUUUGUCAGCUUGGGCCCUGAGGGAAAAUGAAUCCCAUGAUCUCCAGAGCAAGUGGACUGGCUGCCUGUGCUUCACAGCCAUGUAUCAAAGGACAAGACAUCGGUAUGUGUGGUCAUGUUAUAUGUGAAUCUCUAGCUCGUUUCUCAUGAAAACAGAACCCAAAGCAAUAGGAAGGACAAUAUUAGUAACCAGUGCUUCAGACCUGCAAAUCCAUGGUGAGCUGUUUCUGGCUGGGUUGGUCUGUGGGGAAGAAGUGCUGUCUUCAGGCUGUUCCAGCGUGUCCCCUAGGUGUGACAGCACUGGGAGCCUGACCUGAUCUCUGGCUGCAGAGAGCCUGGCCCUGAGCACUCGGGUAGCGCCCUGGAGAGAUCUGACAUACUCUCAGCUAGUACAUGUCCUCAGCCUGUUCCAGCUGAAGGAGCUGCAGCCCAGGUUCACCAAGGCUCAUCAUGGUUGGUGCCCUACAGUGUGAGUUCAUGAGAGACCCUGUCCUUUUAUUAAGGAAUAGAGCACCUAUCUUCCCCCCCCCCCCCCCGCCACCAUGCUCCCAAGCCGGCCUCCUGGGGACAGCACUGGAGACAGGAGCACCUCUGGCUGGAGUCCUGCUGUACCAGUGUGCUGACGGUGAUGUCUCUGUCUUGCAGCAGUCUGUGCAGGUGCUCUCUGUCUCCUCAACACAACAGGAGCUGGCAGUGGUUGAAGAAGCCUGAGAGUGUGCUAGUGCUGAGGAUGGUGUUCAGAAGACUAACGGUGCUCCAGGAGUGCUCAAUAAACCACGAAUGUAAUGCUGCAGGCUCAGGCAGGCAACUUAGCUUCUCGUUUGUAUGUGUAGCAGGAUAGCUUGGAUCAUGGGCAUGGAGGGCAGGGAUGCAGAGAAUUCAGGAGUUCUCCAGCCCCUUCUCAAAUAACUUUACAUAAACUUGAGCUUUUCUAGCCUGGGAUAUUUCCUCAUAGGACACAGGAGACUAAAGUUCCUAAACUGCUGCUUGCUGAAAGGCUGUACUUGGCAGAGGGUUGCUCACUACUUGUCCAGUUUUUUGUAUUCUUGCCCAAAGUGUUUGCUACUGACUGCUGCUGGAUUCAGGAUAGUGUCUUGGUGGAUCUUCAUUCUGCAUUAGCACUGCAGGCCCUGUACUUGUGGGCUGGUUUUUGCUCUAAUGAAGGAUUGGGCUGGAAUUUCAAGAGCAGCUGUGAGCUGGGUGGGGAGGGGCCAGUGACAUGGGGAUUGAUGCUCCUGGAUUAAGUACCCUGAGGGGAGUGGACAGGGGACUCCUGGCAUGAAGCCUUACAUUGCGCUGUGUGCAUUUUCCUUGUCCUCACUGAGCUCGGGUAACAAGUUUCUUCAUCUCCAGAAGAUCAAAUGCCAUCUUUCACAGCGUGAAGCCACCAUGCAGCUCUGGGUUGCGAAGGAUUUGGGUAACUAGGCCCAUGGAGCCUAGUAGGAGGCAGACUUGAUUGCUUUUAUUUACACCCGGGUUUAGCAAAUUGCUUGAGCCUUCUUUAUAACUUAAGCUUAUUUUACUAUACUCCCAGCUUCCUGUGAGAGCUUGGAAUAUUGAAAGCUUCUUGGAGCCCUUAGUUUUCCAUGUUGGUGUGCCUAAAAACAUGUCAUCCCCCACCCUGUGCUGCUUUAAAAACAGCAGUCAAAUCAGCCUGGUAAGUGAGAGGAAUGAAAGCAGUGGGAGCGUUCCAGAGCCCAGAUGUAUUCAUAAACGAGGCUCAUACUAGAAGCAAGUAGCACUAACCAGCUUUUCCAAAGGAAAUGCCUAGAAAGCUUUUACGUAGAUCAUCAUUUGUUAAUUUUCUUACUUAGUUGCUUAUUUAUAGCCACACUCAAAUGCUUCAGGGCUAGCCUUGCUCCAGGAAUGAGAAACCUGUGUCUGGUGCCACAGGUCGGAGUGCCUUGGGAGUGGCGUCCUGGGCUGUCACCGAAAUAAAGUGCAAGUCUGGACCCACUAUCAAAAAACCCACAACAAAUCAAUCAACUUUGGGACAUCAGCAUGAACAGGGAUAGCUUAGGUUUUGCCUCAGUUGCAUGUCUAAUGAAAAACAUGUUCUAAUUAAUGUGAGGAGAAGCAAGCAAGAGGUGACUCCUGAAGCCUGAAAGACCUGUCCCUGUGAAAGCUCGGUAGCAUGUCCCACCCGUCACCACAGUUGCUCACCCUUCAAGAAAGGGAUCCCCUCUCUUCAGUAGCCUUUGUGUCUCUCCCUGCACCAUGAUGUGUCUCUAGUUGAUGGAAACAAACCUCUGAUGGAAUCAAACUUGCAUCUAAUAUCAUGGUGUAAAGCAGGGAGAAAGGGCAGCAGAAGCUGAAAGUGAAAGAGCUGAUGGUGUUGCAUUUAUGGUUCUCUGGCUGAGGCAGCAUUAUGGUGGGUGGUCGAAGGGGAUGUUUGCAGCUGGUGCCAUGGUGCUCGGUGUGGUGCUACCCUGUGGUGCUCCCCAAGGUGUCUUGAGAGUUUUGGCUACGUAGAAGAUAGGUCACUUCUCCUGAAAGGUGCCUUCUUUGUAAGGCAAUGGGGAUGGUUCUGUGAAAUGAUGCUUCCAGCACAGUGGAGUCUUCACCUGGUGCGAUCCCAGGAAGGGUUUCUGCAUUGCUAGCACAGACGUCUGCUGCACGCGGGGCAGGUACCACUAGCUGACAUAUUUUCCACCCUCUGCACUCUUUCACCCAUUUCUCACAAAUUUUUUUACAUAAUAAAACUCUGCUUUUGUUUGCUCUCUGUAGCAGUGUAACUUCUGAACCAUUACAGGCUCUUUGUUACCAUCUGUGCUAGCAAGACUGUAGAAUGUGCUAGACUAGGGGGGAACGUUUGACAAAUAAAAACCUGUAAUCCUC